UCACCCCGGUGCUUUCACUGACGUGUCUCUUCGCGGAGGUGCUGCGCCCUGUUUCAGGGUGGGCCGCGAGCAGCGCCACCUCACGCGGAGCGAAGUGGAGCCUAAGCAGGACCGGGAACCCGUGCAGCCGACGCCAUGGCGAUCAAAUUUCUGGAAGUCAUCAAGCCUUUCUGUGUCAUCUUGCCAGAAAUUCAGAAGCCGGAGAGAAAGAUUCAGUUUAAGGAGAAAGUACUAUGGACUGCUAUCACUCUCUUUAUUUUCUUGGUGUGCUGCCAGAUCCCCCUGUUUGGUAUUAUGUCUUCAGAUUCUGCCGACCCUUUCUAUUGGAUAAGAGUGAUCCUAGCCUCUAAUAGAGGCACAUUGAUGGAGUUGGGUAUUUCUCCUAUUGUCACCUCUGGCCUCAUCAUGCAGCUCUUGGCUGGUGCCAAAAUAAUUGAAGUUGGUGACACACCAAAAGACCGAGCCCUCUUCAAUGGAGCCCAAAAGUUAUUUGGCAUGAUCAUUACCAUUGGCCAGUCAAUUGUGUAUGUGAUGACGGGAAUGUAUGGCGACCCUUCUGAAAUGGGUGCUGGAAUCUGCCUGUUAAUCACCAUUCAGCUCUUUGUUGCUGGCUUAAUUGUCCUACUUUUGGAUGAACUUCUGCAAAAAGGAUAUGGCCUGGGCUCUGGUAUCUCCCUCUUUAUUGCCACUAACAUCUGUGAGACCAUCGUGUGGAAAGCAUUCAGCCCCACCACUGUCAACACUGGCCGAGGGAUGGAAUUUGAAGGUGCCAUCAUUGCACUGUUUCAUCUGCUGGCCACACGUACUGACAAGGUCCGAGCCCUUCGAGAGGCCUUCUACCGCCAGAACCUCCCCAACCUCAUGAAUCUGAUUGCUACCAUUUUUGUCUUUGCAGUGGUCAUCUAUUUUCAGGGCUUCCGAGUGGACCUGCCCAUCAAGUCGGCUCGUUACCGAGGCCAGUAUAACACCUACCCUAUUAAGCUCUUCUAUACCUCCAACAUCCCAAUCAUCCUGCAAUCUGCCCUGGUGUCCAACCUAUACGUCAUCUCCCAGAUGUUGUCAGCCCGCUUUAGUGGCAACCUGCUGGUCAGCCUGCUGGGCACCUGGUCUGAUACGUCUUCUGGGGGUCCAGCACGUGCUUAUCCAGUUGGUGGCCUUUGCUAUUACCUGUCCCCUCCAGAAUCUUUUGGCUCUGUGUUAGAAGACCCUGUCCAUGCCAUUGUAUACAUAGUGUUCAUGCUGGGCUCAUGUGCAUUCUUCUCCAAAACAUGGAUCGAGGUCUCAGGCUCCUCUGCCAAAGAUGUUGCAAAGCAGCUGAAGGAGCAACAGAUGGUCAUGAGGGGCCACCGAGAGACUUCCAUGGUCCAUGAACUCAAUCGGUACAUCCCCACUGCUGCUGCCUUUGGGGGGCUGUGUAUUGGGGCAUUGUCUGUCCUGGCUGACUUCCUGGGUGCCAUUGGAUCUGGAACUGGGAUCCUGCUUGCGGUCACAAUCAUCUAUCAGUACUUUGAAAUCUUUGUAAAGGAGCAGAGCGAGGUCGGCAGCAUGGGGGCCCUUCUGUUCUGAGCCAUGUCUUCCCUGGACCAGGAAGAGGAGCCAUGCUCUGGAAAUGCCAAGGAAGGAGAAACAACAAAUCCAUCAUGGGGUACUGCUGUGGCAUGUGAACCUUUGUUUAAUUUUUUUUUUUUAAUUUUAUAUUCUUUCCACUUUGUAAAGUGCUAGAAAUUUCCAAUUUGAAAUUUUGCUUUUCUGGCAUUGGCAAAAUAACUAGAAGUGAGGUUUUAGUUAGCUGAAGGCCAGAGGUUGGGAGGAUAAAUGACUGUCCUCAUGUGUCUAUGUAACCUUUGUUUUAACCUUUGCACCUCCUCAGUGCCAUAGGCGGCUGCAGUUAUCCCGGCUGUUCCCCCAUAAGGGAAUGUCUUAUUGGUUAGAAGCACAAACAUUGUUAAAAGGACUUCUUUUUAUUGUGAGGCUGGGAGCAGACCAUGUGUUUUCUGGUAGAUGUGGGUGACUCACUAGCUUGUCCCCUCAUGGUCAGGAGUAGGAACAUCUACUUAAAACUUGUUCUCUGGAAGACACAACCGUCUUCUCUUUUAAAAGUAGUUUUUUAGGACAGAGCUUAUUCUAAAAGAGGAAUGAAUUUCCUGACAGACAUUUUGGGCUAUCUGUUUCUUUUUUCUGCAGGUAAGGUUGGGAUUUUUUUAACUUUUUUUUAUUCCUUACCUGAGGAUAUGUUUAUUGAGUUUUAGAAAGAGGGGAAGGAGGGGAGAGAGAGAGAAACAUCGAUCAUUUGCUUCUCAUGCACACUCCGACUGGGGAUCUAAACACACAACCUAGGUAGGUAUAUUCCCUGACGGAGAAUCAAAUCCACAACCUUUUUGGUGUAUGGGGCAGUGCUCCAACCAACUGAGCCACCGGCUGGGGUGAGUUUGGGAUUUUUAACUUUAUAAAGUUGUGCCUUGCCAAGCUAGGCAAACAUUGUCACUGGACCUGGUCCCCCAUGGUUCCUUCACUCCCCCACUCAGCCCUAGCAAGGGGAGGUACUGUGGUAGGUAUGGAGAAACAAUGAUUUACUUGGUGUCACAGGCCACCACUUUUUUCUAGGCUGAAAACUUCCCACUUGUAUUUUCAGAACUUUUUUACUGUGCUUAGGACCAAAUGCAAGUAAGGUAAAUGACAAGAUGCCACUGAUCUCUCAAGUUCCCCAGGAGAGAAGGGCUCAGGCCCAAGAUUUGUAAUGCAGUCAGGGUCAGAGAGCUUGUGUUUUUGAUAAGUUACUCUAAUGUUUGAUAUAAAAAGACUCGUGAUUAUAUAUAAAAUAAGUCUGAAAUAACAGGUAAUCUAGAUCUUAGGAAUUGGAACCUUUUCUAAGGCCUUUAGGGAGGUCCCUCUUAGGGGGCAGGUUCCUGGCAGUGUUUGGCAGCAGGGACAGCAGAGUUGGGCACUGCAAGCCUGAGGGAUUCUUGCUGGAGGAAGCUCCAGUUCUAAAAAGGGAGCAUCAGGAGUAAGUGCAGCCCUGUGGAGAGCGACAUCCCACCAGCAGCAGGUAUACAGUGGCUUCUGAAGCACAGAGACAUGGUCCUGAUUCAGUAGAGGUGGCAAACUUGAUACCUACCUGAGUCAGAAAGGCCCAUAGGAGUUCUCUCUGGCAGUGCUAACCAGAAAACAGACUGACCAAAGAAUAAGAAGCAGCUUGCUUAAAACCACCCAGCAAGUCAACCACAGAACCAGGAUGGGCCUGGCUGGUCUGUUCAUCCCCAGUCCAAAGUGUACCACCAUAUCACACGUGGCCUUGUUAGACCCAGUCCUGAGCUGAGACAUGAUGCUUCCCCUGCACUUGGUCUGCUUGGCCCUACCCAUGAAAAUGCUGGGGCCUCUGGCAGGCAGGGCAACAGUCCUCAGGCUCAUGGGCUGUGGUGCUGGGCCUCAUGGCAGGAAUCCCAGAGCCCUACCUGCAGCCUGUAUCCAUCAGUAGGGCCCUGUGAGGUUUAGGUUGGUGCUCUGUGAUUAAUGACCACAGUGGGUUGGGGCUGACCUCAGCUUCCAGGGAUUGUCACUGUGGACACCAAAAUGGCAUGACUGAGAUAAGGUGAAAAAGUAACAAAUAAAGCCAACUUUUUA